UUUUCCUUCUCUUAAUCCGAGAGCAUCCAUUUUUCAUGUACGCAGGCUGUUCAGUGACGGAGCUCAGACACGAAACCUGCUAAUUCUUACUGAAAUAAAAACAUUAUUGGAAAACAGUGCGGGGAAAAAAAAACAACAGCGUGCUCGCGUGUGCGCGUGUCUGCAAGAAAAAGCGCGUGAGACCUUAUAAUAAACAACCCGAGAGAAAGAGAGAGAGGUAAAAAAAAAAAAAAAAGAAAGAAAGGAAGAAAAAAAAAACCGUCCUGUCGUUAACACACCACCUUUCUGUCGGAUUUGUGUGUGCACGAGCCAACACUAAAAAGAAAUGUCUGCUCCAGCCCCCGCCGGCGGCCCUGCACCUGAUGGAGGGAAUCAGCCUCCUCCUAACAUGACCAGCAACCGCCGCCUACAGCAGACACAGGCUCAGGUGGACGAGGUGGUGGACAUCAUGCGCGUGAACGUGGAUAAAGUUCUGGAGAGGGACCAGAAGCUCUCGGAGCUGGACGACCGAGCCGACGCGCUGCAGGCUGGAGCCUCUCAGUUCGAGACCAGUGCUGCCAAACUGAAGAAUAAAUACUGGUGGAAGAACGCCAAGAUGAUGAUAAUCCUGGGGGUGAUAUGUGUGAUCGUUCUCAUCGUCAUCAUCGUCUAUUUCAGCACCUAAAGGACGAGCCCCCCCCACCCCCCACCCUUCGCCCCAUUUACAACUAUUCAAUCUCUACCCAACAAACGAGUGUAAAUCUGUGCCCUCGAUGACUCUCCCUGUACGGACCCCGGUCUCUCUGCGUCCCCACGUCCAGCCUCUGAGCGUGUGUGUGUGUGUGUGUGUGUGUGUGUGUGUGUGUGUGUGUGUGUCCUCUGUAAAUACCUCCCGCUUUUCUGAGAUCUCUGAAAGCAGACGGUAAUCCUGGUAAAUCUCUCGGUGUGUGUACGACUCGUCCUUAUUUGUAGAGUUUUAUUUGUAGAGUUCGUGUGUGUGUGUGUGUGUGUGUGUGUGUGUGCGUUUGUAUUAUUAUUCUUUUUUUUAUCGUUUCCUUUUUUUUUAUGACUUCGGCUUGAAAAAACUGCCUAUGAAUCUGUGUGUAUAUAUACACCGCACGACGUGUGUCAGUUAUAUACUAUGCUCGUAGUUGACUUCUUUAACCGAUACUCUUCCAGAACCCCCCCCCUCCCCCCUCCCUCCCUCACCGCAUCCGUAUUUCUUUCUGUUCGACAAAUAGACUUUUGUAAACUGCCACAGAAAUGAUUUGGACCAAUAGCGAUAGAUUUAUAUUUUUAUUAAGUCUGUAGUGUCUUAUCUCUUAAACAUUCCUUUGUCGCAGGGUAGAACGCUGCUGUCUGUAACAACCAAAACACACAUCGGGAAUCAGAUUGCACAAGAACCUCGUUUUUGAUGGCGCUUUUAAUCCGAAUAAUAAUAAUAAUAAUAAUAAUAAUAAUAAUAAUAAUAAUAAUAAAUUAAGCCGAGCUGCCAGCAAAAGUAAAAGCACACUGCUUACUGGGGUUCAUUAGAAUUUAUGAUUAUAUGCAGGAAUAGAAGAUAUUUGUCCUUAUUUGCUGAUGGAGAAAGGACCAGAUCAUCACCUGGUCUGUGUGUGUGUGUGUGUGUGUGUGUGUGUGUGUGUGUGUGUGUGUGUGUGUGUGUGUGUGUGUUGAUUUUAGCUGUCUAGUUUAUACACUGCCAUGCACCUGGGGGGAAUUUUUUUUUGUGUUUUUUCCGCCCCUUUAUGUCCACACUGCUCAUACCGGUUUGCUUUCAUGCCUACAAUGAUAUAAUGCUCCACACACACACACACACACACACACACACACACACACACACACACACACCCGACUCCAGUCACGUAGGACCGAUCUGUCAGCAUGAAAUGAGCCAGUGAUGAUGUGUCGAGCCACACGUGAUCGUUUUUUACCACACACACACACACACACACACACACACACACACACACACACACACACACACACACACACACACACACACACACACAC